CUCCCACGGGGGACUGCGUCAGCUCUGCAUCCGUCUAUGCUUGCCUUGUAUCCGCUUAGCACUUUCUCUUAAUGAUGUUGGGGCUUCCAGAUAGAUUUCCCUUCGUUUCCUCAAUGACAGUAAAAAAACCACGCAGGAUUCAAACAAAAUCUGUCUGAGCGAUUUCAUUUGUCCGCCUUUACGAAACAAGUACCCACCAUCACAAAUUGGCAGCAAAUCUAAAUUCUUUGUCCCUUUACCCUCUCUCCUCCUUAAACUCGUGGGUAUCCCCCCUUCCCUAUUCAGCCACUGCCUUCUUUCUUCUUUCCGCUUCUUCCCUCCUUGUCCUGCGUUCCCUCGACGUCCUGCUCCUCCCACGUCUCCUACAGCUUCUAUGCUUUUCUCCACGGCUUCUUUCUGCUAUGUAAGCUCUCCUAUGUCCUUUCUCCUCUCUUCUUCCCAGCUCAGCUAUUGCUUCGCUUCCCCCUCCUUUCUUAAUCUCGCUUUGUUUGAUGCACUGUUAGUCAAGAUCCGUUUCCCUUUCUGCAAUCUCCGUCGCAGGGUUCUUUGCUUGAUUAAAUCCCCACACGGUCCUUUGAACCAAGCAUUUUGAUGCAUCGUGGAGAGAGCUUCUGUUCUUGUGCUCUCUUAUUUCCUUUCACCAUGCAGGCUGCCCUGAAAUGCUUCUUCUUUGCACUUCUAAAGACAGCUGCUUCUCUGGAGUGCGAAAUCUGUACCGCCAAGGGGACCAAUUGCACUGGCAGCGUGCGGACCUGUCCUGGGAACAAAGAAACCUGCCUCAUCACACUGACGGAAAGCACCGUAGAUGGAAAGGUGGUUCAGACUGUAGAGAGAAGCUGUGCUUCCACUUUUUGGUGCAAUGCCCCACCACCUUACUUUGAUAUGGGGGGAGGAAGAACCUACAGGUCCAGUUGGGUCUGCUGCACCGGGAAGACCUGCAGACAAGUCACUCCUCAACUGCCACCACUAAAGCCUAGAGCCAAUACAACGCCAAACCCAUCCAAUUCCUCCUGCUCAGACACUUACAGCACUGAGAUGGCAAAUUGUACCAAGGUGGAAACCAACGGCUUUGGCAGGGCCUCCAAUGAAACCCCCACGGAGAGGCUUUCGAACGGCUGCACUACGAGGUUUGUGUGUGCUUCGGGAAAUAGCAAACACUCUGAGUUUACGGUUGGCUAUGAUGUCGUUCAUAAGAUGGAGUCUUCCAAGGCGUCUCAACCCACUGCUGUCCUCUUGCCAAGCUUCUCUGGGCUCCUGCUGCGGAGAAUCCUGUUAAGCAUUGCAGAAGGAGUGUCUGUACUUGCUAUACCGACCACAACCACCAUCAUGCAGACUCUUCUGAAACUGAGCCUCUUUUUGGCACUGGUAACAUCAGGUGCUUCUCUGGAGUGUGAAACCUGCUUUAGCAAUGCUACCACUUGUGCAGGUGACAAGAAGACGUGUUCAGGCACUGAAGAGACCUGCAUCGUCAUCCUGACUGAAAGCACUGUAGAUGGACCAUCAGUGACAAAAGUAGAGAAAAGGUGUUCAACUAUGUCUCAGUGCUCCAUGCCUCCGUUUUACUUCACUUUGGGGGCUGGAAGAAGAGUACGCCAAAGCUGGGUCUGCUGCACUGACGACUGCGAUAAAGUUGUACCCGUCUUGAUACCAGUACAGACUCGAUCCAACGGAGUAAUGUGUCCUGCCUGCCAUGAAUGGAAGGAGUCAUGCAAGACAGAGAUGGCCAAUUGCACUGGAAUGGAAACGAGCUGCUUUAAGAUAACCUCACAUGUAGAUACCAAUGGAACCCACAUUGACCGGACCAUGAUGGGCUGCACUACAAAGUACACCUGCGCGGCAAUAGAAGGCGAAGCCACAAAUUUCCGUCCCAUGUCAUCUGAAGCUGUCCAGGUGGCUGAAUGCACACAUUCUACGGGAUCUCGAUCCUCCGGCCUGCUCCUGCCAAUCUUUUCUGGGCUCCUGCUGCUGAAGAUCAUCUCGUGAAAGGGACCUGCAUGGGAUUCCAUCUCCUCUGCAUUCAUUUAUGCCUGUCUUUUAUCCACUCGCCACUUUCUCUGAAUGCAGUUUAGCCUUUCCAGGAGGAAUUCUCUGUUUUCCUCAGUGAAA